GGGGGAGUUUGGGGCCAUUCCGGGAGCGUUGCGGGGUGGCCGCGUGUCCCCAGCGCCUUCCGGGGGGACAGUGGGGACCCCCCCGGCCCGGCCGCUCCGUGUCCCCGGGGACAGAGCCACCCCCACCGCGGGGACAUCCCAGGGACAGCUCCGUGUCCCCACGGGACAGAGCCACCCCCCCGUGUGGCCGUGGUCACAUCGCCACGUCCCCCGUGUCCCCGUGUUCCCACGUCACCCCUGACUCCACAUUUAUGUCCCCGUGUCCCCGUGUCCCCAUGGCCCAACAUCUGCAUGCGCCCCUGUCCUCAAAUCCCGGUGUCACCCUGUCCCCGUGUCCCCACAUCCCAGUGUCACCCUGUUCCUAAAUCCCCACAUGCCCGUGGGGGACGGGGGGGGACUGUCCCAUGUCCCCACAUCCCAAUGUCCCCACAGCCCCCCUCCCACAUUUGAGAUCAUUUCGGAUCCUUCCGGGGCGCGUCCCUGACCCCGACCGCUGUCCCUGGCGGGUGUCGCCGCUGUCGCCGGUGUCGCCGCUGUCCCGCCAUGGCGGGGCUGCUGCCGGCGCUGGUGGCGGUGUCGCAGAAGGCGGCGGAGGUGGCGCGGCUGUGCCGGGCGGAGGAGCCGCUGUUCCGGCUGCUGGUGGCCGAGAAGACGGGCCCCGACAGGAACGAGCGCUUCCAGCACGACUUCAAGACGCUGGCGGAUGUCCUGAUCCAGGAGCUCAUCAAGCACGACCUGGGGACACAGUUCCCCGAGCUGAGGGGACACAUCCAUGGGGAGGAGUCAAGCGAGUUCAAGGACGCGGAGGGUGGCACGGUGACAGUGUGGGUCUGUGCCACCCUGGCUGUCCCUGUGCCACCCCGGUGGCUGACUCGGGGCUGACUCGAGGUCCCGCAGGUGGCACGGUGACAGUGCAGGUCGGUGCCACCCCCGGGGACACGGCUGCCCUGCUGCUGGCCGUGCUGGGCCCCGAGCAGGCGCGGGCGGCCGAGCUGCUGGCAGAGGCCGUGCACCGGGAGGUGACACUCGAGGACACGGAGCUGGCUGACAUCGAGCCCGGAGUGUGCCCGGGGGACCUGGGCAUCUGGAUAGACCCCAUUGACUCCACCAACGAGUUCAUCAGGGGCUGCGAGGACGUGGCCGCCGUCGAUGGCGUCGCGCCCGGGGGGCUGCGCUCGGCCCUGGUGCUCGUGGGGGCCUUCGACCGCCACACCGGGGUGCCCGUGCUGGGGGUCAUCAACGAGCCCUUCUUCCAGAGGGACCCCCAGACCGGCAGGUGGCAGGGCCGCUACCACUGGGGGGUGGCCCACGGCGACACCCGGCUGUGCUCGCUGUCCCCUCCCGCGCCGCGGCCGCGCCCCUGCGUGGUGCUGAGCCGCGCCGAGGCCCCGGCGGUGCGGGGGGCUCUGGGCUUGCUGGGCGGGGGUCCCCCGCUGCUGGCGGCGGGCGCGGGCUACAAACUGCUGUGCGUGGCGCUGGGGCUGGCGGACGCCUUCGUGCUGUCGCGGGCCACCACCUUCGCGUGGGACUCGUGCGGCCCCCACGCCAUCCUGCGGGCCCUGGGGGGCGGCGUGGUGGCCUUGGAGGGGGCGCUGCGGGCGCGGCGGGACGGGGGCGGCGCGGAGCCCCCCGAGCUGCGGUACCACCGCCCGCGGCCGGGCCGGGCCGGCGCCGAGCGCUGGGCGAACCCGGGCGGGCUGGUGGCGUUCGUGCACCCGCAGCACCUGCGGGCGGUGCUGGACGCGCUGCGGGACGUGCCCGGGUUGUGACAUAGGGGGGGACAUUGGGGAGGGG